AUGGCGGACAGGAAUGCUGUGAUGCUGAUAAGCAAAGCAAGUGGUAUGCUAAACCGGCGGCCUUUGCCUAGGUUUGAGUUGUGUGCUGAUUUUAGUCCACGGCUCCACUUUGUGUACAUUUCUUUUCCUCCUUCAGUGCGUGUAGAAAUGCGUCAGCUCUGGUUUGUUUGUGCUGCCGUUGGCUUCUUUUUUGGAGCUGCGGAUGGUAUCACUUGCUUUUUUUGCCAUUCCAAGGAUGAUCCCACCUGCAGAGAUUCAUCCACCCUCAAAGCGAAUCGGGAAAAGUUUUUAAUUGAUUGUGAUAAAGAUUUUGCCAAGAAACGUACACAAGGAACAACCCCACCGGAAAAUGCUACUUACUUUUGCCGUAAAAGACAGGAAAUUGAUACCGUGUUCAGAACUUGUGGAUGGGAAUUGGAACAUGGCUUGCCAUUUGGCUGCUACUCCGUCCGCCGCGACGGCGUCGAUACCGAAACCUGCAACUGUGAUACAGACGCCUGUAACUCGUCGCCUCGUCGUGGCCUCGGGAUGGUUGAUUCUCUACUUACCGCCUGUGCCGCCGUCGUCCUCAUCCUCGCCGCAUUUUCUUGAUUGAGGAAUUGAGGGUCGACUAUGGAAAAACGUGUUCGAAUGCUGUGAAAGAGGAUUUUCCCCUCCCCGGUGGCUAUUGUGCUCUUCAGCGUGAGGGACGCAGUGUUUUUUUUAUCUGUUAUGGCUUUUACCUUAUCCCCUUUUGCGAUUGUUACAAUGUUGUUGGAAUGUCUCGAAAUAUGAGUUGUUGAAGAAAAAAAAGGUGAAGUGUUCGUAAGUGGAUUCCGACAAUGAAAAAUGCCUUGAGUGAGAGCAAGAUGCAGACUACCUCAUAGUUGUUGAAAUUUCGAUGGAAUUCUAGAUGACGAACUGAAGUCUGGCAAUGAAUGUCUACUAAAGCCAUGUGAACCCGUGCCGUCUCGCUGAGGAGUGUAAUAGCUGUCGUUCGUUUACCCGGAAUUAAUGAUUUGUCGAGAUCUUUAAGGCGGCCUUCGGAAGUGAUUGAAAAGCGGAAAUUUUGAGGUUUUUUUUGCAUAUACGAGAGGCUUACGUCUCAGGAGAAGAAAAAAUGUUCCCGAUCUCCCGCUUGUUGUUGUUUUUGUUUUUUUCUGUUGUGUUCCGCAUGGUUGUUUGAAGCAGAAGAUGUGUUGAGCGAGUGUUCGCUUGUUCUGAAGCUUUUAGCGAUAUUUUUUUCGAUCCGAGGCUUUUAAUAAGUUUGUUCGAGAUGCAUCGUAGUACUUAUUCUUGAA